GCUCGUGUUAUUAUACAUACAUGCUUGUACCUGGUAGUGAGCAAAUAGGAGCCACAAUUACCUGGACCGCAACUCGAACUAGAAUACGUUUUGGCACGUCAUCCCUGAACAGAAAAACAGGUUAGAAUAGGUAACACUUAGGGAAGAAUAAAGCAGCGGUGUUUUAUUGGUUGUAUUUUAGGGGCGCGAGACAGCGUUUGUUAUCACGAGCAUCCCCGUUGCCAGGUGACCGUUAAAAGUUUUCCGUUUUUACUUCUUUAUUUUCUGACUGGGUGGUCACAUCCUCGGCUAUGAGUGGCGUGCUAGUCUUUCUACAUUAACACGCAAAUAACUAGCCAGCUAAUGACAAGACAUAUGUAAUGGCUUUCGCAAACCUGUUCACGAAACUAUCUGCUGUCGAAGAGGGCGGGAAGAGCCCCGCCGGUCAACCAGCCUUUACACGCAGGAACGAGACUGAGAAUGGUAAAAGAGGCAAUGCCAGAAAGAGGAAAGCCCAUGAUGAGCUGACUGGCUCUUAUAGAAAGAAGCAAAGUUACCAAGCCCAGACAACCAGAAGGUACAAUGCUGCAUCCUUUAAAGAGGAUGACUCCAAGGCCAGACACUACCAUAUGCAUAACACUGAUAACGGACAGUCAAGUGUUGGCUUCAGCAAAGAAGUGAUGCAUAACCACGGUUACAAUAACAUGUGUCACAAAGGUCAAAGUUACAAAACAAAAAAUAACCAUAACGUAAACAAGCAACAGCAGAAAAUGAAUCCGGAUGGGCAGAAAAGUCCACACCGACAGAAGGAUAGAUGGAGACCUGCCAAUAGAGGUGGAAACCAUCAGACUAGACCAACUUGGACAAAACAUGGAGGAGACAGUACAAAUAAAAAUGACAAGCAGGGCUUUCAAGUGAAACGUCAAAGGUUCAUGACACAGGAGUUCAAGGUCCAGCAUGCUGUGUUGGUGGAUGGGCGGUUAGUUUGUCGAUAUUUUCUUUAUGGAAGGUGCAUCAAGGAUGACGAAUGCCAACUGGAGCAUAUUCAGGGUUACAACGAUCUCAUCAAAGAAGUGUGCAAAUUCUACAUCCAAGGCCACUGCACAAAACAGGAGAGCUGCCCAUACAUGCAACAGUCCUUUCCUUGCAAGUUUUUCCACAGAAAUGGAAAAUGUACUCAAGGAGCAGAUUGCAAGUUUUCCCAUGAGCCACUAAAUGAUGUUACUAACCCACUCUUGAAUGAGACAUUAAAACGGGACAAUGAGCUCUAUGAACAACAACAACAACAACAACAACAACAACAACAACAACAACAACAACAACAACAACAACAACAACUACUUGCUGAACAAGAGUCGUCAGCACAGCCAGACAACGCAAAUGAGCCAGAAGUUAUAGAAGCAAAUAGGAUCCCUGACACACUCCUACAACCAAUCAGGCCUAACUUUUACAACAGCGCAAAUGCUGAGAAGGAAACCUUGUUCUGUCAGACUGAAGAACUCGCUGACAUUAUGGAGGAGGCUGUCCCACCACGUCCAACAGAUACCACUCAUUCUCACAACGUCCCCCCGUCAAGUAACGUCAAUCACGAGGAGCCAGUUUGUUAUUCAGUUGCAGCAGUGCUUGGACCUCAACUAUCCAAACCUUUUCCUAGUUUCUUUACAACUCGAGGACUUCCAGAACCUGGCACGCGCUCUUCUUCUGAUUGCACAUUAAGCUCUGCAAACCAAAGCAAUAUUCCCUACUCUGUAGAUGCUGUUCUCAGGUCCUGUAAAUCAGCCGGAAGUUCUACAUUUGGCCACGCGCCUACUUCUCCUACUGCACAAACUGUAUCCUAUACCCCACACACUGACUUUGAAGAGAGCACUGGUCCUCUGCCAAGAUCAGACACCCAAAAUGAGAGGGGCUUGAAUUCGCAAAAUACCAGAAAUGAAGUGAGCAAACCCCAGGAGAAAAUUUUCAAGAGUCUGUCAUUCCACGACGUGCACACUGGUCUGUUUUCAAGGACCUGCCCUAGUCUUACUAUGUCCUCUAGGGAUUACAUGAAACAAGAUGGCAAUAUGCCGGAAUCCCUGAAAAUGGCCCAAAGAGCUGGUAAUAAAGUCAAGUCGGAAUUGUUGGAUUUUCCUGUUAGUGUGGCAGAGGUGGCUGCGUCCUCCAAAGACAAAGGAGAUAUGGAAGGAAGCAUGCACCAGCCUACCGAUAUUACAUGCUCUUUAAAUUGUAAAAGUGAAGGUGUUCUUCCUUUUGGACACGCUAAUUGCAAAAGGAUUUUUUUAAGCCCCCCCAGUCAGACAUCUACUUCAAAACACCCUACACAGUCGAGGCCACAUCUCUCUGUUCUGACAUCUGACUCCGAAGCCUCAAAGCCUUUCUGUCCCUCCUCAGGUUUCACAGAGUUCAAAGGUGGAGCCGCCGUUCCUGUUGGAUCUGUCACCUGUUCGACUAAAACAAGCGAUUCUGCAAACUCUGCCAGUUGUUAUUUUGCAGCAAAAGAACCCACUAAGAUCAACCCGCACUCCAAAAAGGCACCAUCUGGCCUUAAACCUGACACACAGCGUCAUUCAGCCAAAAUCACAGCAGAGCGCAGCAGCAAAAUGGCCCAUUGUGGUGAUUUGGCAGUUGGAUGUAAAAAGACCCUGAAAAGACCCUUUCAUAGCCUUUUCGCAAGCCCCAUUACUGACACGCUGCAGCCUCUAGACGGUUCUGGAACCAGUUCCUCUUGUCCUCGAGGCCUAAUUCAAUCUUCCUCUCCUGCUCCUCAGUCUGCAGAUUGCAGAGGUAAUUGUGUUGAAAGUGCGGUUGAACUCGACAAAGCAUCUGGCAGGUCCUUCCGCAGCCUUUUUACUGCUCCUCUCCCUUUCAUUCGGCCUCAACCAAACUAUUCAAAGACUUCCUCCCGUUCUCAACAGCCAGACCAGUUAGUUGAUAAUACAUCUCAUUCAUCAAACUCCAAACAAAGGGCUCCUAAUUCAGAGAUGCCUCUCCCAUGCCAGGUUAGAACUGAUGUCAAAGAAAUCCCUCAUGCCUCAAGAUCCCCCAACUUCUCUCCUAACCCUAAAAAAGAAAAUGAAGACCGUUCAAAAGGGAAUAUAAAUCUACAGACAAAGCCGCUGAUGUAUACCGCCUGUAGCCUUGUGUCCAAUUCCCACAGUGAGAUGUCUACCAGUCCAACUCCUGCCAACAGUCCAUCUGCAAUCCAUACUCAUCAGCCAAUGCCCAACAUCUCAUCCCACAAAGUAGGAUCUUCAGUAGAAGCCACUUCAAAUUCAGUUCUGAAAACUCUCUUUCUGUGCCUGGGCCCGUACCAACAGGAUGGAGAGCAACAAGACAGUGUCCCUCCAGACUCAAGAUUCACAGUCCAGCAGUCCACUGAGAAAAACGUUGCUCAGUCAACAGAGCACCAGCCGUCUCUUUCAGACGCCACAAAUCUCCUUUGAUGCAACAGGUGAAGAAGCAUUGUCACUCAUAACUUUCCACGCAAACCAGUGGUGCAGCAUCACACGUGACCAAGACAUCAGAGGACGGAUAGUGGGUAAAUGAGGACAUGGUGGCCAAACCACUUCAGGACUUUUUAAGACUUUAACGUUUUUCCACUUUGGACAUUACAGUUGGGUUCAGUUUAUGUUAAAUCACACUAAUAAUCUUGAUUAAUCUUGCUAGUCAUGAAAAUGAUGUUAUGGCAGCACACACAUUUAAACCUUGUUCUAUAUUUAAGAUCUACAGUCUUCUUUGUGUUUUUAUUUUUUGUGUGCAGAUUCUACUACUUCUGAUGCUAAACAUAUUUUAAACACUGAUCUAUGUGUCCUAGAAAAUAGCCAGGCUGCAUAAAUAAACUUCAUGCAAAAAUUGC